AUGGAUACAACAAAAGCAAAUGAGUCGGGAAAAACACAACAGGAGGAUGUUACAACUGCUGCAGAAAGUAUAUUUGGAUCUAUGACAGGGAAGACACCAAUACAGUGCCGGAGGAUGGUAGAUAAAUUUGCACAGGCAUUUCUUCAGAGAAGGAAAGAGAGAGUUGAGCUCAAAAGCUUGGCAGAGCUACAAGCAGUUGAAGAAAGUUUUUACAUGCACAAGCAAAACUCUGAAGCGGAAGGACAUACGUCAUCAAACAUCACAAGGGCGAGCAAACAAAAAUGCAAGGACUUCGAUUUAAAUGAGGUGCUCAAAUUCGAGAACGAAGACAACGAAGGAUAUGCUGAUAGCAACAUCCCAGAAAUGCAUGCAGAUGGUGCAUCAUUUGCUGGUGAGAAUGCAUGCCCAGCUGACAAUGCUGAUUAUUCAAAUGGUGAUGAGCAUGGGAACAAAGAAGAUGAAAAAUAUGAAGAAAUUCUUGAGUCAGUGCUGAAUCCAGAGGAACCGACUGCUGAAGAGCUUGAAAUGGACAGAAUGUUUGCAAACAAGAAGUAUCCAACAAUGCAAGAAAUAUCAGAGGCAUCUACUCCCACAGUUGGGAUGGAAUUCGAUUCAAAAGAUGAUGCAUUCUUCUUCUUUGCAGCGUACGCAAGAAGGGUUGGAUUUGCAAUAAAAAAGGACACCUCCUACGAGUCUAGAAAAACCAAUGAAAUAACAAGACAGACAUUCGCAUGCAACAGAUGCCGUGACGAUACAUACGUUGACAGUGCACUCAGACAGAGGCGGACUUCCAGGAUUGUGCAGACAAAAUGCAAAGUCAGAAUGUUUGUGAAGGAAUACAGAGGAAAGUGGUCAAUAAGUAACAUAAGACUAGAACAUAACCACAACCUAGCUCCGUCAGAGUGGAUAGUAAGGUUCAUGAAGUGUCACAGGUCAAUGUCUGCAUCAGACAAGACUCUAAUCCACAUCCUACAAGAAACAAGAGUUCCACCCAGGAACAUAAUGAAAAUAUUCAGGAAAACAAGGGGAAGCUUCAGGGCAGUUCCAUUUGAUACAAAAAACCUAGAGAACGAGCUAGCAAAAGAAAGAAAGAAAAUUGAAGAGUUGCUGCUACUAUUCAAGGAAGCACGUGAAAAGAUGCCUGGAUUCAGACAUUCACUUGAUGUUGAUAGCGAUAAUAGAGUGAAAAUUAUAUUUUGGACAGACCAAAUAGGGAGGGAAAACUACUCAAAGUUUGGUCAAUUUGUAUCAUUUGAUACAACAUUUUCAACCAACCAGUAUGGAAUGCCAUUUGCUCCAAUAUUAGGGGUUGAUAACUAUGGCAAAACAGUCGUGUUCGGAGUAGGACUGCUGGAGGAUGAGAGAGCAGACACUUUCAAGUGGCUGUUUGAGGAAUUCCUGUCUGCCAUGGACAACAAGCACCCAGAAACUAUAAUAACAGACCAAGACGUUGCAAUGAGGAUUGCAAUAUCUAAAGCAUUACCUUACACAGUGCACCGUUUCUACAACUUUCACAUCAGCAAGAACCUGGAUGACAAGUUGUCCCUAUUCUUCGCAGUAAGAGGGACUCUAAAGGAAGAACUAAGAGCAGUUAUAAGGAACUCAUUUACUCCAGAGGAAUUCGAAAAUAGCUGGCAUGAUCUACUAGAGCGUCAUAAUACUUCGGGAGAGCCACACCUGGACAGGAUAUAUGACAUCAGAGCUCAGUGGGUCCCAGCAUAUUUCAAAGAGAGAUUCUUCCCAUUCACUUCAUCGACGGGGAGAAGUGAGAGCACAAACUCCUUAUUCAAACACUACAUAAAAAGGAAGGACUCGAUUGCAACAUUCUUCAAGGAGUAUAUCAUAAUACAAGAAAAGAAACAGUCCGACCUAGAUCGCCUAAGAGAGAAAAGUGAGUUCAAGGAGUCUGUGAAUUGGGGAUUCAACCCUCUAGAAAGGGAAGCUAUGAAGAUCUACACAGACCCAAUAUACGGCAAGUUUGCUGAAGAGCUAAGGAAGGGUACUGCUUACAAUGUUGAAGUUGUGGAAGAGAAGAGAAUAUACAGAGUGAUUAGGGUGACUAACUACAGGAAUGCAGAGUUCCCCAGAUGA